AUGGCAAACUAUUAUGGCACGCCACCUAAUAAAAGGAAAAACGCUGUUAGAGAGUUUCAGGCGUACGCAAAACUACCUGUAACAGGUGCGAUGGAUGAAGCAACGGUUGCAAUGCUUACUGGUCCACGGUGUGGGGCAAGCGACACUGCAAAGACUCAAUCUCGUUUGAAGCGUUAUGUAAAACAGGGUAGUACAUGGAAAAAAAUG